AUGAAGAUGACGACCACAGAUGAACCCAAACAACGCCAGUUGCUCCAGCAAGCAGAGAAAAUCCUGCUCCAUCCCAUUCACCCGCACCUGGUCACCUAUUGCCCUACCAUGGACUUGAUUGCUCUAGUCACCGAUGAGGAAAAUCUCGAUGUGUAUCGCAUCAAUGGGCAACGAGCAUUUGGACUGAAGCGGAAGAGCGAGGAGCUGUCUGUUUAUGCGUUGCAAUGGGAGUUUAAUGGCAAGAGUAUUGCGGUUGGCUGGAGUGAUGGGUCUACAGAUCUUGUUAGUGCGGAGACGGGGAAGGUGACGCAUAGAGAUGUCAAGUUGCCGUGUCUACUGGAGCAGGGAGAUGCCAUGGAAGAGGAUGCCGCGCCUAGGGUGAAAUGCAUGGGCUGGGGAAUCAAUUUCAUCAAUGUGGAUGCUGUCAAGAAGAGGACGGGUAUGAAAGCGAAAAAGACCAAUGGCGCGUCAACCACUCUGACGGAUGACUUUGGAAACCCGACGACGGAGGAUUGGGACGCUUUCAAGGACGAUACCACCCUGGAGGAUUUCCUGCAACGGCAGCCAGACUUUCAGGCCCUGGACAUUGCACCCGAUUUACCAGAUCAACUUGCCAUGAUGGAUAUGGAGGCCUUGCUGCCAAAACUUGCUGCCAUUCCUUUACCGCCUGCGCUCCCGUUUAUGCGUGCAUCGGCUUUGGAUGCUGGCGCGUUUAGUACUCAGGCAGAGGUUGAUGCGCUGUUGCAUUCGCAUCAUCUGAAAGAUCACAACUCAGUGGACAUGUUUAUUAGGUGUUCGGAUCGGGGCACGGUACACCCUUCGAUAUAUGAUUCACUUGAGACGGUCAGUGUACAGCUACCGAGGGCGUGGAAUAUGGAGAGCAUGCCGCUGCUGCAUACAAGUCAUCCUUAUAGCUGCACGCACAACCUGCUGAUGCGCAUCACAUCACCUGCAUCACCGCGCAAGCAGAAGAUUACCCUCGUCCCACUUACUUUGAAUUUCAUACCUUCUGCUGGGAUAUACUUGCACCUCAUCGCCUCGAAGACAGCACAGCUGCAAAACCUACUCUUGUACAUUACACAGACGCUUCAACGCAUACGCUCCUUCUUCAAGCAGUCGACCGACCUACCCGGCAAAUUCAUGAUGAACAUCUCCGAGACGCUCGAAGAAAAGGCCCAGGGGGACCUUGUGACAAACCUCUUCCACAUAGCGUGUACCGGCAACACCUCACCCACCAUGCACGAAUGGCUCGUAGACGAACUCGCCGAACAGGGUCACAAGCGCUGGGACAGCACCGUAAGCGGUGCUCUUGAGAAAGUUCUGGCCCUGCUCCACGAGAAUCUUCUGCCGGCUCUUGAUCGCUGCAGCAUCGUCGUGUCGCGCCUCCGCGGCCUCGCACAGUUCCACGACCGAGACUGGAUAUUCAGCUCCCCGAUGCAGGAUUUCUCCGCCUUGCUCGAAGUGCUCAAGAAUAUGCGACUGUUGGCGCAUACGACGUUGUUGUACGCGAGCGAGGAAAAGAAACAGUUUCAUGCUUUUGCCAAAUGGCUCCGCUUCAUCAUCGACUUCGAGGCCACGGAGCCGGAAAGCGCGUCGCGCGCUGAAAUGGAGCAGCGUGAGCCUGGCGUCGAUAUGUCGCAUGUUCUCGAGUACAUCAAACAUGGGCUCAUGAAGAGCGAUCUCGAGCCGUACCUGCGGCCCGAAGCGCAGCUUAAUACACGGGCGAGAGGCGCGGAGCCGGCGAGUUAUGAGGAUACGAAGAGGGCGGUUGAAUUGUUGAAGGAGGGUGGGGGGUUCAAGGAGGAGGCGCUGUGUUUGGAACAUGUGGCUGGGCAUUUGAGGAUGGGGGUGCAAGGGCUGUUGAGGCAGGUGAGUAGGUGGUUGGAGGAGGGGGUACAGAUGGAUGGAGGGUUUGUGCUUGCGGAGGGGGAGAGGAGUGAGGAGGAAAAGGAGGUGGAUAUGAGGAUGGUUUUUGAGCCAAAAUCGAAUUCGAUUUCAACAUAUAUCGCCCUCAUGUCACCCUUCAAACCAGGUCAACUGUCUAUCCACCGCAUCACGCCCACCUCCAACACAACCACUUCUCUGUCAAAAGAUACCCACACCCACGCCAUCUCAACCCUCGACUUCUCCCGCCCCUCCACCAAAACCACCAUCCUCGACGCCAAAUUCGCAGACGACAGGACAAUCUUUAUCCUCCUCCAAUCCAGCCCGUCCAAAGCCCCGAAAGACAAAUCCGACAUAUCAAACGUUCUCAUCUCUCUGCCGUACACUUUACCAUCCUCUACCACCACAUCUGCACAGCAAAUCAUACAAUACACUACCCUCCCCUCUCCUUCCCUCUUACCUUCCGCGCCCGCCCCCACACCUCCAAAUACAACGCAGGUUCCCCGAGCGAUGGUGGAUAAACACACACGACAUGUGUUUGAAAGACGAUUUACGCCGUUGAAGUUGGUGGUGAAUGGGCGCAAGGGGAGGAGGGUGGUUGUUGUGGUUGGGAGCGAUAGGAAACAUUAUCGGGUGUUGGACAUGGAUUAUAGGACGGGUGGGGAGGAGGUGGUGGAGGGGGAUGAGGAGGGUGAUGUAGAGAUGGUUGGGAGUAUGGAUGAGAGCUGA